AUGUCGCUCGACCCGGAGCGCAACCGCGCCGCCGGCCUGCAGGGCCAGGUGGAGAAUCUGUCAAAGGAGAACAGCGCCGACUUUUGGGCCGAGCUCUCGGCGAAGCUCCCCUCAGGCAAGUCGGAGGAGGACAAGAAGCAGCGGAAGCAACUCUUCAACGCGUUCGACGCGAAUGGCAACGGGUGCCUCUCCCUCGCAGAGGUGGACAAGGGGAUUGGGACGGUCAUUAAGAACGAGGCCCUCUUCUCCGCAAAGCGGCCCAUCAUGCGCGCCUUCCAGGCCGCUAAGGGCCUCUCGCAGUCCAAGAAGCCGCUCGACGACGACACCAUCAACCGCAAAGAGUUCCAGGAGCUGCUCGGCUACCUGCGGCAGUACUUUGAGCUCUACGUCAUGUUUGCUGUCGUGGACAAGUCAGACGACAACAAGGUCUCGCUGGAGGAGUUCAAGGAGGCGCUGCCGCGGCUCAAGGAGUGGGGCGUCGAGGUGACAGACGCGGAGGCGACAUUCAAGGAGAUGGACGUGGACGGCGGAGGCGCUGCCAUGUUCGACGAGUUUGCAGACUGGGCGUACAAGAAUAAGCUCGAUCUCGAGGUGGACGACGACAACGAGGCGCCAAAGCACCGCGAGGGAAACCUGGCGAGCAACAACUUGGGGGAGAAGAAGGGCGCGCUGCCCGCCUCGCAGCCCAGCACAGCAUCGUCAAACGGCGGCGGCGGCGGCGGCGGCGGCGGCGGCGGCGGCGGCGGCGGCGGCGGCGGCGGCGGCGGCGGCUUUGGCAACCGCGACCGGUCCGCUGGCAUGGCUGGGCAGGUCGAAAAGUACGCCAACGGCUCCAUGUCGAAGGAGGAGCAGACCGAGUUCUGGGCGGAGCUGAGCGCGUCCCUGCCGGCGGGCACGGACAAGGCCUCGCAGGCACUCCGCAAGAAGCUCUUUCGCCAGUUCGACUCGCAGGGCAACGGCUUCCUCUCGCUGGCCGAGAUUGACAAGGGGAUUGGCGAGGUGCUCAAGCUAGACGUGCUCUUCUCGGCCAAGAAGCCGGUGAUGCGGGCGUACCAGGCGGCGAAGGACGCCUCGCCCUCCAAGUCGGAGCAGGGUAACGACUAUGUCGAGCUGAAGGAGUUCCGCCUUCUCCUCGUCUACCUGCGUCAGUACUUCGAGCUCUACGUCAUGUUCUCCGAGAUCGACAAGAGCGACGACAACCGCAUCUCGGUCGACGAGUUCAAGCAGGCGCUGCCGGACAUCGCACGCUGGGGCGUGGCCAUUGAGGACCCGGACAAGGCGUUUGCGGAGGUGGACUCCGACGGCGGCGGCUUGGUGCUCUUCGACGAGUUUGCGGAUUGGGCCUUGCGCAAGCAGCUCGACCUGGAGGCGCGCGGCACUGCGAUGCCCUUCCAAACGCGUGUCGAACGCGACUUGACCCCCGCUCCUGCUGCCGGAAACCUCGCCCGCAACAACCUCGGUACGAAGAAGGGCGCCCGGCCCGGGCCGUCCGGUGCCGCGCCAAAGCUAAAGGCUUCGCGCCCGGCGAGCGCCGGCGCAAGGUCGAGCGCCCCUAGGGCCGCCGCGGCGUCGGUGCAGCGGCGGCCAGCCACGGCAGCCAAGCGGGGCGAGGCCAGCGUCACAUGGAGCGCCGAGGACGACCGCGCCCUACUUGUGUCUAAGCACAAGGGCAAGACGUACGAGGAGAUCGCCGCGGAGCUGCGCGCCUUCACGCCCGAGCAGGUGCAGGCGCGGUACGAGAGGGCGCCCGACUUUCAAAAGAAGAAGACGCACUUCGACAACCAGAAGCGGAUGAAGGCGGCGGCGGCGAACGGGUCCAACUGGGGCGUCACGUCGCGCACCUCGCCCUCCGGCACCAUGCCCUUUAUGAAGGCGCAUCGUAUCCCAAAGUCGAUGCGCAACAUGUACGCGGAGCCUCGGCCCGCCAGCGGCGGCAGGGCGGCGCCGCUGGCGCUCUCAGGCGUGCCCGAGCAGGCGCAAGCGCCGGCCUCGCAGCCGUCGAGGCCCGUCAUGUCGGUCAAGAGCGGGUACGCCGAGUCGACUACCCGUUCGCACCGCUCUACGCUGCUAUCCGUGAGCUGA